AUGGAGCAAACUGCACAAACCCCUGGAACACAGCAGGGCAGGCAGCAGCCUGUGUACGACACCCGAAAUGGUGGGCAUUAUGGUGCUAGCGCAGCGCUUUCUGCGCAAGGCUAUGCGCCUGUUGCCGAGCUCUAUACCGGGACAUGGGCGAAUGUCAACCAAGGCUUGCAAGGAACCGCCCGUGAUAUACUUACAACAUACUGGCAGCACAUCAUCAACCAUCUAGAAUCGGACAACCAUGAUUAUAAGAUACACCAGCUACCACUUGCUCGCAUCAAAAAGGUCAUGAAGGCUGACCCAGAGGUUAAAAUGAUAUCAGCGGAGGCACCAAUACUUUUUGCCAAAGGCUGUGAUAUCUUUAUCACUGAACUGACCAUGCGUGCAUGGAUUCAUGCCGAGGACAACAAGCGCCGUACACUACAGAGGUCUGAUAUUGCAGCAGCACUAUCAAAGUCUGAUAUGUUCGAUUUCCUCAUUGAUAUAGUACCUCGCGAGGAGGCCACGUCCCAUGCGAAGAGGUCUAGCCAGACAGCUGGAGCUUCUGCAGGCGUUCCUGGCCCCGCAGGAGCCACCGGCCAACUGCCACCAUCUCAACACGGUGUUCCCCAUCACAUGCCUCCGCCGGACUAUAGUACCCUGGGUCAGCAUGGGCUCCAAGAUCAAGAGUAUCGGCCGCCGACGAUGUAUGCUGGAGCUGUGCAGUCUGACCCCACGGCUGCCUAUGGUCAGCAUCAGCCUCAAAUGUUCGAAGGAAUGUAUGCAGCAUAUCCGCAUCUGCCACCUCAGCAGGUAUGUUAA